CGGGGAGGGAGGCAGUCUCGUUCAGCGGCAGGCUUGCCUCUCCGGGCUGUCACUUGGAAGCGCCGGUUUAAGCCCUGGUGUCCGGCGCGGUGCUGCGUGUGUCUGUGCCCGGCAGGGCUGGCAGAGCGGGGCGGACGAACUCUAAAACAGAACCUUUCCUCUCGGAAAGUCUCAGUCUCGCUAUCAAAUUACAGAUGACGUGAACACGUAACGAACUAGAAAAGAGCAUUUUUUUACAUGGUAGAAGGCAGGCACAACGAAAACGCAGCACAGACGCUCAGUCUGGAUGGAAAGAAGAGUGAAGAUACGCAGCAACAAAUUAUCAGAGAAACAUUCCAUUUAGUAUCAAAACGUGAUGAAAACGUCUGUAAUUUCCUAGAAGGAGGACUAUUAAUAGGUGGAUCUGAUAACAAACUAAUUUACCGACACUAUGCCACCUUGUAUUUUGUCUUCUGUGUGGAUUCCUCAGAAAGUGAGCUGGGUAUUUUAGACCUUAUACAAGUAUUUGUGGAAACACUAGACAAAUGUUUUGAAAAUGUCUGUGAGCUGGAUUUAAUCUUCCAUGUAGACAAGGUCCAUAAUAUAUUGGCUGAAAUGGUUAUGGGCGGAAUGGUUUUGGAGACCAAUAUGAAUGAAAUUGUCACUCAGAUUGAUGCUCAAAAUAAACUGGAGAAAUCUGAGGCUGGUUUAGCAGGAGCUCCAGCCCGGGCUGUUUCAGCUGUAAAGAAUAUGAAUCUGCCAGAGAUCCCAAGAAAUAUUAAUAUUGGUGACAUCAGUAUAAAAGUACCAAACCUGCCCACUUUUAAAUAACAUGGCUACUCCAGGUAAUACCAAGGAAGAAAUGUAAUAGAGAUUUAGUGCAUAAUUGUUUACUAAAUAAACAUGUCUAACUUUUACUGUUUGGAUAAAACUCAAGGUUCUGCAUAGACAUAACCUGAAAAAUCAGUGUGUGGAGUUGAAUGUUGCUUUUGUCUUGUUUGUGAAAUUAAAGGAAAGGGGUAGUUCCCAUGUGAUUUCUAAAUUACAUUCCUAUGCCCUUGCAAGGCAUAUCACUGUGUCGCAGCUGCUGCCGUAUUUUGGGGAAGUAUUUAAGAUGUUCUUUACUUUGUAUAACCUCUAAUGCGGAGGUUUUUUGUAUAUUCACCAAAGUCUAUAAUUAGUGUGUUCUUUAACUACUUCUGUUUGUCAUGAUUAUUUAAGACUUUAGUGCAAAUGUUGCAUGAAAACGUUUAACUCAUGUUUUGUUAAAUAAAAUCAUAACAAGCUGGACUUCGAAAUACCUGUUUGAAGUCUACUGUUUGCAAUAAACCAUGUUAUUUCCUA